UAAUUAUGUUACCAAUACCAUUAAAUCAAUAUUUUUAUACACAAAUAUUACAAAAACGUUAUAAUGUACCAUGUUUUAAUUUUCAAAUUUCACGUCAUUUAAAUAAAACGAAUUAUCAUCAUAUAGAAAAACUUGCUUUUGGUAUAAAAUUUAAUUAUCAAAGUUAUUUAAUUAUUAAUUCAUCUUAUACAUCACAUAUGAUUGAUUUAUAUAUCACAUUACCAAAUCAUUUCCCUAAUAUGAAUUCCAUUGAAUUAAUUCCUGGUUAUAUAAAUCAUAUUAAAUUAGAAAUGUUACGUAUAAAACGUAUCAAACAUCAUUAUUACCACCAUCAUCAUCAUCACCAACACCAACACCAACAUCAACAUCAAUCAUUAUGUAAUGAGAACAAAUUUUCAACAAUUAUCUAUGAUGGUGAUUUAAUUAAUAAACGUUUAAUCUAUGGUUCCAAUGAAUUAUGUCAUCGUAUAUUAUCACAAUAUUUAUAUUUAAAUGAAUGUCAUUGUUAUAGUCCUUUCUUACCCUAUGGUUACUAUGGCAACAUACCCAUCAUUAAUAAUAAUAAUAAUAAUAAUAAAACAAUGGAAUAUUAUCCAUCUUUAUGUUUAAAUAUGUCAUUAUUUAAUAAAAAUCAAUUAAUUAAUAAUGUUAAUUGUAUGUAUCGUGUUUAUCAAAAAUAUAAUAAUCUUAGUUUAUAUAUGAAUUUAAUUGAAGCUAAACAAUGUGAUAUUUUACAUCAUUUACCAUAUUGUGAUGAUGUUUAUUAUCAAAAUUUUGGUAUACAUCGUAUUAUUAUGAAUGAAUUAUGGAGUAAUACAUAUAAUGAUGCAAGAGCCACAUUUUUAAUUCGUACAUUUCGUGAUGUAUUUACUAAUAAUACUACUACUAUCAAUAAUACUACUGAUAAUACUACUUAUAAUAAUGAGAAAUUAACAACUCAACAAAUUUUAUUAAAUAUGCGUAAUAAUUUUGGUUUAUUAAUUAUAGAACGUAAUAAACCUCAAGGUAAAUUAGUACGUGAAGAACAAGAAUAUUCAUUAGCACAAUUAUUAUCGGAUAUUGGUGGUAAUAUGGGUUUAUGGAUUGGGAUCUCUGUUAUUGGUUUAUUUGAAUUUAUUGAAUUAAUUAGUUUUAUAUUAUAUACAUUAUUGAAUUACAUCAUUCAUUUAUGUAGAAGAAAUUGAGAAGAUUAAAAAAAACACACAUACAAAC